AUGGGUCGCAAUUUAUUGAUGAGUAGCCUUGAAAAUGCAUCCUUUAAUAUACUUCUGCAAAUAUUGUUUAGAUGUGUAACAUUCAUAAUUAAUGCAUGGGUUAUUAGAAAUGUUGGUCACGAUGUUAUUGGUAUUAUGAAUGUCAGGUUACUGUUGCUUGAAAGUACUAUACUAUUCCUAAGCCGAGAGCCCUUCCAUCGUGCUUGCUUGGGUCAAAAGGGUGAAUUCAAUUGGAACCAGGUCAUUAACCAAAUUUGGUUAUCAGUGCCUCUAAGUUGUGUGUUAUCUGCAAUAUUCAUUUAUAUUUGGUUAAACAUUCUACCACUUGGCCAUCCAGAACAUUCUUCUCAAUAUACCUUUGGCUGCUGGAGUGUAGCUUUUUCAUGUGUAUUGGAACUUUGUUCAGCCAAUAUGGUGCUUGUGGCUCAACUCUAUUGUUUUGUAAAGUUAAAAAUUAUUUUAGACACUUUGCACAUAUUUAUCAGAACAGUUGUAUUUAUCUCUAUAAUUGUUUAUGAUAGAUCUUCUGCUCUCAUUGCAUUUUCGGUAGCCCAAGUUGUUAGUAUUGGAGCAAUAGUUGUAUCUUAUUACAUAUUUUUCUAUUGGUACAUGAAAUAUAAGCCGUUGUAUGCAAAAGGCGCUCUGAAGAUACGGUUUCUGUCUACUAAAACUCUGGAUACUCUUUUCAGUGAUAUGGAAGAUUUUAACUUUAUAUCUUUGAGAGAUUUCUUUCCAAAAUAUUUGGGUUCUAUAAACACAUGUUUUAACAAAAAAUUAAAUACUCUAACAUUAAGUUUUGCUAAGCAAGGAGUAGUUAAACAACUUCUGACUGAGGGUGAGAAAUAUGUGAUGUCAGCAAGUCCUGUUAUGACAUUUAGUGAACAAGCCACCUAUGAUGUUGUUAAUAACUUAGGAAGUCUUGCUGCAAGAUUUGUAUUUCGACCUAUAGAAGAUAGCAGUUACUUUUAUUUCACACAAAUGGUGAGUCGAGAUCUACCCUUGUAUAAGCAAGAUCAGAACAAAAUUCAUGAAUCUUCUACAGUGUUGUAUCAAGUUUGUAAAACUGUUAGUUCUAUAGGCUUAAUUGUAUUAGUGUUUGGACUCAGUUAUUCUUCUACAUUACUAACUUUGUAUGGAGGAGAGGCGUUUGUAGCCAGUGGAUUACCAGUUAGAUUACUUCAGAGCCAUUGUUUUGCUAUUGUGUUAAUGGCUGUCAAUGGCAUAACAGAAUGUUACACAUUUGCUACAAUGACCAGUGCCCAAUUGAAUAGUUACAACUAUUUAAUGGUAUUCUUCUCAAUAAGUUUUCUGAUACUGUCAUAUGUAUUGACAUACAUUUUAGGCCCAGUUGGUUUUAUUAUAUCUAAUUGUAUCAAUAUGUUUGCAAGGAUUUUGCAUAGUGUACAUUUUAUUAAUGAUAAACAUAAGGAUACAAAUCAUAAACCUUUGCAUGGACUGUAUGUUGGGAAAUUAUUUUUAUUUACAUUGUUUUUGGCUGGUUGUAUCUGCAAAGCAUCCGAACACCAUUUUUCUAAAAAUAUGAUAACCCAUAUUGCAAUUGGAAUGGUAUGCCUUUUAUUUGUACUGUUGUCAUGGAGCGUAGAAAAUAAAGAUCUCUUAAAGAAAAUAUACGCAAAAUUCAAAAGGACAGAAGAAAACAAAGUUUCAACAGAUUAA